GCAGUGUUUCAGCUGGCGGGAAAUGUCAGUGAAGUUCGAGCUUUUGUUGUUGUUUUGCUAUUUCUUCUUCUUCGUGUUCGUGACAGAAGAAUUUAGCGUUGACCUUAAUGUCGCUGCGGUUAAUACCGUAAAUAGUGUUCAGCUGCCGUAACUCUCCGACAGGACGAUGGUUCAAAUAGUUAUAAGGGGCAGCGUGGACGGCUGCAGUCCUCCUGAAUGGCUGUUGGUGGAGCUGCAGGGUGAGAUGGUGUCCCGACACGACUCUGGUCUGGCUGGGAACGUGAUGGGAGACCUGCUCUACACCAAAGAGGGCGUGCCAGUGCUUAUCGUAGGACAUCACAUUCUGUACGGGAAGCAGGUCAAACUGGAGAAACACUUCGCUGUCCUCACCAAGAGCACCCGUGACAGCAACGUCCCCGGAGAGGACGACGCGCAGAUCUCCAUGGAAACGGAGCGGGGAGGCCCCACCUCCAAGUCUUACACCGUGACCGCACUCGUCAAACGGAAGCUCAUCUUUAAGACCCGCCCCAAACCCAUCAUCACCAACGUCCCGAAGAAGGUGUAGACCUGUCGGGGUCAAAGGUCACUGAGGUCACACAGACUUGUUGUACUGCCCCUUUAUGUUGAUUAAAACUGUUGACCUUU